AGGUACUACAGUGUUAACUGCACCGCAGCACCAUGGAUUCGGAUGAUGGAGGAACGAAGCGGUCGGGUCGGGGACGCGGACGUGGACGUGGAGGUACCCGAGGACGUGGACGCGGUCGUGGUCGUGGCCGUGGAAAGAAAGCGACCCGCGUGAUUUCUUCCGACGAGGAGGAAGAGGUCGCCUCUCCUGAACCGGAAAAGGAAAACAACGCACAGUCGGAAAAGCAGCCAGCGUCUACAGCAGUACCCACUUCCGGCAAACGGCGCAGCGUCGAGCAGGAACCUGUAAAGGACUCGGUACCGGUUGCACCACAAGCAUCGGUUCCCCCGGUAGCGGCUGAACUUGAUCCCGAACCACUACCGGCUACAAGCAUUCUUCCGGCACCAACCAGUGCCCCACUCAUCAUCGAUAUGGAAGCGGAUAUUUCACAACUGGAAGCGCCCACUUUCACCACCAUCAGUCGUGGUCCGCCCGAACCAAUGGUGCGCCUGAACUGGAACCACAAGGUCAACCUGAUCGGUGAGAAAGUGCUUAAUCCGAUGAUCUACUGCUGCGAUCAGUGUGACAAUCCGAUCCUAAUCUACGGUCGGAUGAUACCAUGCAAACAUGUAUUCUGUCUCCAAUGUGCUCGCUCCGAUACUUUGAAGGCAUGUCCCCGGUGCAAGGAAAAAGUGGUCCGGGUGGAACAGACCCGUCUGGGCACCGUUUUCAUGUGUACGCACGGUGGUACACGGUACGGAAAUACAGGCUGCCGGCGUACCUACCUGUCCCAGCGCGACUUGCAGGCACACAUUAACCACCGACACGUAACAAAUCCUGCCCCGCCACCCCCGAUAUCAAACGCUCAGUCAUCGAUGCAACCGCUGGUUAUACCACCCACCCACCAAACCGUACCGGUUCAACCGAUGGAACUGUCGCCAAUGAGCAAAAUGCUGUCGGAAAAGGUGAAUGCCAGCGGCGGAGCUGCGCAGCGUAAAAACUCCAGCGAACAGCUUAAUUCACCACGGACCGGAAUGAUGCGCCAAACAGAUCUGGGCGAGGGUUAUUACGGUUAUGGAAGCUCCGGUUCGUACACGACCAGCCAUUCCAGCAGCAACCAGCAACACCUGCACAUGCCGAUCGGUGCUCCACAGCAAUCCGCUGCCCAACAGCAUCUUUCCCGCACCGGUUACUCACCCUACGGACAUCAGACGUCUUCACCACAGCAACAGCAACAGCAGCAACUUCCAUCGUCCACAUCGUCCUCUCUCUGGAGCCAAUCUUCCAGUCAAUAUUAUCGCUAAGCUAAACACCACUAUUUAGCCUCCAUUUUUUAAGAGUAUAUAGCUAAUUUUUAAUGCUCAGCUUCGUAUUCAUUGUGGAAAGUAUCGUUUAAGCACUCGAAAAAUUCAUUAAAAAAAACUCACACUGCACACCGGAUAAGAGAGGAAUAAAACAAUUUUACAACUUGACGAAACCAAUUACUCGAAAGUGAGGUUGGUGAAACACACGAAUAAAUAAAUUCAUAUUUGUAUAAUGCUGUAUCACUGUGAUUGCGCAGUGUUUCAAAUAAAAUUAUUCAAUUGACCAUUAAA